CAAGAGGGCGCGAAUUUUGACAGGGUAAAUGCUGUACCAAAUCUAUUGCUUUCGAUGCGUACUGAACCCCCAAAUGUUUCAUUUCCGCUCCAUCGUCUAGAUGACGAUGACUAAGUUUAUAUAUAUUUUAACGUUAUUUUACCAAUAAUGUAGUACAGCGACGCACACUCACCCUUUAGGGCGCGGUGAGUGUAACAUCCGGGUACUGACGGCUCACUACAUUUUUUUAAUGAGCUCAUCGUAGUGCAAAGAGAGACAAAGCCGCAGUUUGUAUCUUUAAUCCAAUACUUGGCCACUUUCUAGAAACGUACAAUGCAUGUUAAUAACUGAUUACAAUCGUGAUUGAUUUGGAAUGACCACUUUUGAUCUUAUUAUUUUCGAUCGGUUGCCACCUAGCGGAUGUUGUUGUGCACUACCGAUGUGCCACGUUGCUGUUGUCAAUACACAGACCGGAAGUGGUGGGGUUAGUAGUACUAGUAGCAGGGCGGAGAGCAGCUGACAACUUCUUCUGGCUACACCUGAGAGGCUGCCUGAUAGGUGUGUCUUGUGUAAAAAAAAUGCUCACCGACAGGAUUUAUGAGGACGAUUUUGAUAAGAAAGGAGAGCAGUGGUGCACCCGGCAUGAACUCGAACACGAUCUCCAUUUGGCCGCCAAGCUCGGGAAAACACUCUUGGAGCGCAACCGUGAGCUGGAGCAAGGGCUGCAGCAGAUGUACUCCACCAACCAGGAGCAGCUGCUGGAGAUAGAGUAUCUGUCCAAGCAAGUGGAACUACUGCGUCAGAUGAACGACCAGCAUGCCAAAGUUUAUGAGACGUUAGACCUGUCCACCAGGGAUCUGGAGAGGGGCAACCAGAGACUAACGCAGGACAACCGCCUGGCCCAGAACAAGAUCAACAGUCUUACUGACUCCAUAGACGGACUACAAAUCCACAUGGAGGAUCUGCAGAACCAGGUGGAGGCGCUCAUCUCGGCUGGGGCGCAGCGAAACAAACAAGAUGUCAACAAAGAGCAGCGACGCAACCUGGGAGCACAGAGCGUUUCCUGUCUUAAAGAGCUCUAUGACGUGCAUCAUGACAGGUGUGUAUAUAACAAUAGGCGACAAAUGGAGGGACCCCGCUAUGAUGCCAACCCAGAAGAGGAGCACGCCACGCUUCUUCGCUCCAUCAAAGCUCUGCAGGGUCAGUUAGCCACUGAGAAGAGCCUGAGGGAGGCGGUGGAGCACGAGAACGAGCUAACGGCCAAGGAGAAGCUAGGCCUGGAGCAGCGACUCGGCCUGCUAGGGGCCUGCCGGGCCAGGCAGGUGGAGCUGGAGGCCCAAGUGGAGAAGAUGAGGCUUCUGUGGCGCGCCGACUGUGCCGACAGGAAGCCCGAUCGGCUGCUGCUGCCUGACACAAUGUUCUUCACUUCAGAGGAAAAACCUGUAGAAGGUCAAAGCGAGAUGGAGGAAGUGUACCGCCAUCGGCCGAGAUGUAACAGCGACGGCUCUGCAAGGGAAAUGAGCACGGACGAUCACGACAGGAUGUGUGUACGGCGAGCGGAUGUGGUGAAACAGAGGGGCAUUUCUCUGCUCAGUGAGGUGGAUGCACAGUACAACGCACUGCAGGUGAAAUAUGACCAACUCCUACAGAGGUGUCAGCAAGCAAGUGUCGGGCUCACCCACAAGUCCGUCCAGACGUCAUGCGGUCCCUGCGGCAGCCACCGGCCUCGCCGCCACCCAUCCAGCUCCAACAGAGAACUCAUAACAAUGUCAGAGGAGCCUGAGUACAAAGUUCUCUUCAAGGAGAUCUUCACGUGCAUCCAAAAGACCAAAGACGACCUGCACGAAAACAGACUUCUCGUCAGUGACAGUUCUGAUAGGAUAUGAAUGUAUCAGUGUGCUUAUUAAACAUGCACCAAUCUGCUAUUUAAAUGCCACUUUGCUUUAGUCAGUCAGCACUGAUCAUUUUUGUUUGGGUGAAGUAUUGAAAAAUAUGCAAAUAUUACGUCCAUGCAGAAGAGUUUGUUGUGUGUGUGAGAUUUGUGCAAAGAAAAAAAUGUUGGAAUGUCGUAGUGGGAAGAAAAAGUACUGAUUGAGAGAAUUAGCAUAGAGAGCUAGUUGUUUUGUUUUUUUGUACGGUGGCAUUGUUUGCUCACCAAGUGCAUUCCCAAGCACAUGUAAGCACUUUAAUGAACAGAUUGUGUUAUUUAUUUUUCCACAGAUGUUCAGUAAAGAUGAAAUGCUAUUUAUUGGGAUAGAAUGUUAGUUAUUGUUGCUAAAUGUGACAGUGGAAUGACUUGAAAUGUCUAUUUUUGUUAAAUCCUUAAAACAUUUAUGAUGCAGACGUGAAAAUGUGCAAAACAAAAAUAAAUCUAAAAAGGUGAAUAAUCGUAACUCAAGGUACAACAAGCAAAUUGGUAAGUAAACAUAAUUUCAGAUAUUUAAUUUACUUUAUUUCCACUUUUUUGUGGAUUUCUAAUUUCAUGUAAUACCAACAUUUAUGUUUAUCGGACAUGACUAACACAGAACAAUGCAAUAAAGAAUAUGAGAA